AUGUUGCAGGUGCAACAGGAAAGUUACGGCCUCGGGAUCCAGAUUCUUGGCAAGCCGCAGAAUAUGGCCACAGAGCAGGAGACCAGCCUUCAGAUCCCGAUGGAUCUGGAACAACGGAGGCAGCCGGGGUUCAAAAGGGAGGGUCCAGAUGCAGCAGGGCUCAACUUGGGAGAGGAACUGGGGUGCUUAAGAAGAGCUCCUCUUGUCACUCAGGGGGAGAGUAUCAGGGGACUUGUGCAGAGGAGGCCAGAGGGACAGGUCAAGCAGGAACCAGGUGAGGGUUCACUUCAGCAGUGGGAAGUCCAGUGGCAGGAAUUCCUGAAGACGGUGGAGUCCCCUCACACAGGCUGGCGACUCCCGCAGUUACUGGGGGAGCCCACGCCAUGGGAGGACACAAAAGCCUUCCUGACCUCCUUCGAGCAAGUGGCUGAAGCAUGCCGGUGGCCCAAGGAUGAGUGGGUGACCCGACUCCUGCCAGCCCUCAGCGGGGAAGCGGAGCAGGCCUUCAGCACCCUGGAGGCCAGAGACAGAGAGGAUUAUGGAAAAGUGAAGGCGGCCAUCUUGCGAUGGGACACCCUGACCAGGGAGAGGUGGCGCCAGCACUUCCGGCAUUUCCGCUACCAGGAGGCCGAGGGGCCGAGGGGACUCUACAGCCGUCUCCAAGAACUUUGCCACCAGUGGCUGAAGGUGGAGAGGCACUCAAAGGAGCAGAUCAUGGAGUUGCUGGUCCUAGAGCAGCUCUUGACUGUCCUUCCCCCGGAGAUCCAGAACUGGGUGAGGCAGCAUGGCCCCGAGAGCUGCUCCCAGGCAGUGGCCUUAGCCGAAGAGUUCCUGCAGCUGCAACGGGAGGCUGAGGAGAGACCAGAGCAACAAGAGCAGACACCAACAGUGGCUGAUCCCCUCUCCGAGUCCGAGCAGGCUCCAUUUGAUGCGGGGACAAGGCAGCUGUGUGGAGAAGCAAAACAGGAAGUGGAUGAGGGAGAUACAAGCUCACACACGGAGCAGCUGGGCGAUAACGCAUGGGAGUGUGAACAUGAGGGAGAGCGAAGCAGGGCCUCAUCAGAAACGGCAGAGUGUGAAGAGACGGAAGAGAGUGUUGGGGAUCCAGAGGGACCGGAGAGUCGAGAAACAAAGCGACUGAUGGAGAAAUGGAAGAAAAAGCCUGUUACUGAUGACAGUGGCAACCCCCAGCCAAAAAAACACAAAGGGAAAAGAUGGAUUAAAUGUCCUGCCUGUGGGAAACUCUUCUGCCGUCAAACCAGCUUUAAUGUUCACUGGAGAGUUCACACAGGGGAGAAAACAAACAUGAGCUUGACCUUUGGGAAGAGCUUUAGCUGGAGCAUAAACCUUACAUCGCAUCAGCGGGUUCAAACAGGGGAGAAGCUGUAUCAGUGCCCAAACUGUGACAAGAGCUUUUCUGAUCUGCCGAGGCUUAAAAGGCAUCAGAGAAUCCACACCGGGGAGAAGCCCUAUAAAUGUUCAUACUGCGGAAAGACUUUCAGCCAGAGGCACCAUUGCUCUUCCCAUGAGCGAAUCCACACGGGAGAGAAGCCGUACCACUGUGCAGACUGCAGCAAGAGCUUUUGUACGAAAUCAAGCCUUAACGCGCAUCGGAGAAUCCACACCGGGGAGAAACCGCAUAAAUGCCUGGAGUGCGGGAAGAGCUUCAGUAAAAGCACCAACCUGACUUCGCACAAGAGGCUCCACACAGGAGAGAAGCCCUACAAAUGCUUGGUGUGUGGAAGGAGCUUCAGCCGGAGUGAACAUCUCACCUCGCACCAGAGAAUCCAUACGGGGGAGAAACCGUACAUCUGCUCCUACUGUAGCAAGAACUUUUGCAGUAAAUCCAGCCUGAAGGCGCAUCAGAGAAUCCACACAGGGGAGAAGCCAUACAAAUGUUUGGAGUGCGGAAAGUGCUUCCGGUGGAGCACCUACCUUGCUUCGCAUCAAGAAAUCCACAAAGGGGAGAAACCGUACAAAUGUUCAGAAUGUGGGAAAGACGCCCACCUUACUUCUCAUCAAGACAUCCUUUCUGAGUAG